AUGUUUCAAGCUGACGAUGACAAUGCGGUUAACAAAGUUGUCGUUGUUGAUUCAUUGCAAUUGAGUAAAAGUAUCAAACGCCGCCACCACCACCAACAUGGACUCCAUGACAUUUCUGUGAAAAACAACAGCAACAGAAAUAUAAAACAAAAACAACAACGCCACAAACGACAAAGAUCCAAACGACAUGAUCUGAAUGAAAAUGAAAAAAUAUCGAAUAUCAAUAUUGAAAAUGAGAAUAUGGAAUUGAAUACUCAACGACAAAACGAACUACAAAAACAACACCAUCAUCAUCGUAGCCAUCAACAUAAGUUACAUAGACACGAUGAAAAACAUCAUCAUCAUCACCAACAGCCACAUCAUGCUCAACAUGAAUCCCACUCCACUCCGACCCUUGAGAUUGGCCAUGAUUAUGUAACUGAAGUCUCGAAGAUAUCAUCACCGACCUGGCAGGACACAAGCAACAACAACAAAUACAAGCAUUUUGACACUGUCACACAUGAAGAAGCUAUCGAUAGCACGGCUGACUACCCAAUUUCCGCCAUCAACGAGCCAUUGCCCCUGAAACAGAUGAAUGGAGACAACGAUAAUAGCGACUUUGUGUCGCACUCUUUGGCCAAGUUACCCACAUUUCAGAAUGAGAGUGCCCUUGGAGCGGACAACAGUGUAUCAUUCACUCACAGCGGUAGUCUUUUGGAUGUUAUGCCCAAAUCUGUUGCUGACGGUAAUGAAAUUGAUUUCAUUUUAACGGUGAUUGGGGAAAUCGAUGAGAAAAUGUGGGUGUUGCUGAUUGUCAUGGCCAUUUGUGCCCUGGUCUAUUCGGUCCUGCUGUGUAUCCUGUCAAAACCAGCAAUGAAUGAAAUAUUUUUGGUACUCGUGUCUUAUGUAAUCGUUGGUACAUUUGUGGCCAUACAAAUUGCCGUGGGCUAUUCAACGCUACCAAGCAAAUCAUUUAAUGGCUGUGCUUGUUGUGUCAUCUUUGUCUACAUGACAUACACAAUGCUGCCAUUGCGUCAGCGAGAGUCCCUGGUCGGUGGUAUCAUAUUAUCAGCAACACAGAUUUACACUAGCAUAAGUCAUGUGGAGGAUACAUACCAAUGGCAAGAGUUAUUCAGCACUUUAAUGGCUUUAUUUUUAUCAAAUCUGACCGGCAUUUAUACCCAUUGGCCCAAGGAGAAGGCGCAACGUAAAGCAUUUAUCGAGACGCGUCAGUGUAUUGAGGCUCGUCUGCGAACACAACGAGAAAAUCAACAACAGGAACGUCUUUUACUGUCAGUGCUGCCGAGGCAUGUGGCCAUGGAAAUGAAAGAUGAUAUCGCAGGACAACCGCGUGACACACAAUUUCACAAGAUCUAUAUACAACGACACGAAAAUGUCAG